AUGCCAACUGAAGCAGGGGAGCAAUCACAUAAUGUGACUUUGUCCAAGCCUUUUAGUCCGCUGUUCAAAGAAAUCAUGACUUGCUAUUCUUUGGAAACUGAACCAGGUGUGGUAGCAACAUGUAAUGACUUAGUUUUGUGCCAGUAUCAAGAGCAUGAUUACUACAUUUGCAAUCCAUACACAUCUCAAUGGUUUGCACUCCCACCACCUCAAGCCGACGAGUUUGUGGCAGUGGGAUUCCUCUGCGAUUUUGACAGUGGUGCGUAUAGGUGCAAAGUUGUAGGGAUUACUGCAGAAACUAAACAAGAAGAUAACUUCAGAUUGAAGGUGGAAAUCUUCUCCUCCAAGACUGGUGAAUGGAAAAACUCAAUUGUCUCAUUUACACAAGAAAUUGAUGUUGAUGACAUCAAUGGUAUUGGCUGUUCUUACAAUGGAAUGUUGUAUUGGGGAACUGCUGAUAACUUCUCUUUUGGGUUUGAUCCAUUCAUGAUCAAUAGUAGGAGUGAAUAUGCUGAUACUAUUGAUCAUUACAAUGGUCGUAUAAUAGAAUUCAAAGAUGCAGCUGAGACUAGCUGCAACAUUGAUUGUGUAGGUGUGUGUGGAGGUCGUCUAAGAUUCAUCGGAGAAUUUGACACUGAUUCCUAUACUAUACCUGUAUGGGAGUUGCAAGAAGAGCAAGAUAAGAGAGCUGUGGACAGAUCUGGCAAAGUGUUUCUCAAAUGCAGGAGGUAUUCAGUUGAAAGAGAAAUGUGUCUUCUUGCAAAACGAAGAUACCUGCGUAGAUCUCCUAUAUGGCGAGUUUUUGACCCAAAUGAUGAAGAUAUCUUGUACAUUCGUCCUAAACGUGGUUAUGCAUAUAAAUGUAACAUUGGUACGGGAGAGUGGUCAAGAUUACCUGAUAAUAAUCAUAUAUGGUGGAAUGUUCGUGAUUACUUAUUCCCACUAACAGCUCAACCAUGGUGGCCGACUCCAGUUCCUAGCUAA